UUGUGGGGCUGCCGCUAUGGGGCGCUGCUCCGGCAGGGGACAUCCUGGAGAUCGGGGCGCAGUGGAGCAUCCUGAAGAAGGACAUCCCGUCCUUCGAGCGCUACAUGGCGCAGCUCAAGUGCUACUACUUCGACUACAAGGAGGAGCUCCCCGACUCGGCGUUCCGCCAUCAGCUGCUGGGCCUCAACCUCCUCUUCCUGCUGUCCCAGAACCGCGUGGCCGAGUUCCACACCGAGCUGGAGAGGCUGCCGGCCAGGGACAUCCAGACCAACGUCUACAUCCGCCACCCCGUGUCACUGGAGCAGGUGGGGGGCAGGGAAAUGUGGGGCAGGGGGGAGAUGUGGGGCAGAUAUGGGGCAGGGACAUCCAGACAAACGUCUACAUCCGCCACCCC